GCAUCUCGUAAAAACAUUUCUUCCUUGUAGAAACAAUCAAAGUUAAGAGCAGCUCUCUGGUGAUUCACAGCAGCCUGCAGAGUGAACGCGAUGGGCAAGAUAGAGUGGGCGAUGUGGGCCAAUGAGCAGGCUCUGGCCUCGGGACUCAUUCUCCUCACUGGAGGCAUAGUGGGGGUGGCUGGACAGUUCAGAGGCUGGCAGUUUGCUGCUUAUGCGGUUGCUGCUGGGACCUUUGUGUGUCUGCUGGAGUACCCCAGAAGCAAGAGGGCCAAGGGCACGAGUGUGGCGAGGACGGGCCAGUACUGCUUCACUGUGGUUGUGAAAUCCUUUGGGCCACUCACAAGAAACUACUAUGUCAGAGCAUUUCUACAUGCUGCAAUCUGUGUACCUGGAGGUUUUAUGCUCGCUACUGUCCUCGGAUGCGUCUGCCUUGGCAUUGCCAGCCUCAUCUACCUUGUGGCAGCUAUCCGAGGUGAACACUGGGAGCCUAUCCUUCCAAGGAAGGACGUGAGCCGAGGGGCAGCAGGAGGACCAGACAGCAUCAAGCAACCUCCUCAGAAUCCACCACCAAGACCUCCUCCUGAGAUGCGCAGAAAGCGGGUGGACGACCUGGAGGGAGCAGCCUACGACAACCCCAUCCCUGUUACUGAUUAACCAGUCUAGUGCCAGCAUCCUCUGCAACCCUUCCCCCUGUCUGCCUGAGACCUCGAAACAAUGAAGCCCAUCAAAACCAGUCACAGUGGGACGCCACCAGAUUCUGUGACUCUGGACAAGUGAAUAGUUUUCUAAAGCAAGUGACUGGUUGUGACGACAUGUUGGGUCCACACCUUCAUACCUCAACCUGCAGAGAAAUAUCUUUAAACAGAGGAAAAUGUUUUUUAGUUAGUUAGUUUGUUUUUUGUAAGAACUGAGAAUUCAAAGUAGGAUGUAAUGAAUUUUACUUCGGAACAAAAAACCAUGCCACUGGAGACAAAUGUAAAUGCUGUAACUGUUAGGUGGCGACCAACUACAUUAAGUUAGUUGUGAAAGACUGUAGGAGAUGUAGGUAUUUUUACUGCUGUUUUAAAAGUGUAAACCUUUUUUUCUGUGCUAAUCCCCACACUGUAUGUUUUAAGCUGUGUUUGAUUCACUGUAUUGUGUUGCCAUGCACAGAUCUUACAAUAUUUUGUAUUGUAUACCUACACGCUGUUAUUAACCCCUGUAUAUUUGUGGAUUUCUCAUUGUCACUGAUCACAAUGCUGUAGGACAACAUAGCACUGUUUGCUAGGAUUAUUUUGAUUAAUGGGUUUUGGCUGAAUCAGGCUAUUAGGCAUUUGUCAUUAUUAUGUAUCUGUACUUUGUGAUAUUGUAAAUAAAUUCAUUUUGCCCCUUAA